GGAAGGUUAACCGAAAGGAAACUCCGAAAGAUGACGGUAGGAGCUGAACGAGCCGACCACUCCCAUGUCGCUCCCCGCCAUCAGCCUCCGCUCCUUCCCCUCCUUCUACGCCACCGACUCCCGCUUCUCUCCCCUCCCUCCACCCUCCAAUCCCUUCCCUACCCUCUCUCUCCGCCCUUCGGCCAGCUCCAGCCCUAAGAGAAAGCCCUCCUCUACCCGAAGACUCAGCCCCUCCCCUCGGGCCACUUCUGCUUUGGUCUCUGAGACAACGAGCCCCAUCAGGCUCACCUAUCUCGAGGUGAAUAGCUGGCUAUGGGAUGUGGGUGGGGUUAGCAUCUUGGUGGACCCCCUUCUGGUGGGUAACUUGGAUUUCGGGCUGCCAUGGCUCUUCGACGGGGCGAAGAAGGUGCUGAAGAAGUUUCAGCUGGAGGAUCUUCCAGAGAUCGACUGCUUGGUAAUUACGCAGAGCCUUGAUGACCACUGCCAUGUAAGGACUCUGACUCCGCUGUCCAAGAAGCUCCCCGAUCUGCCAGUGAUUGCCACUCCAAAUGCGGAGGGCAUCUUGAGACCACUCUUCAACAAUGUUAUAUAUUUAGAACCUGGCCAGAGCUCUGAUGUGGAGGGCAGACAUGGUGCCAGAGUGAAUAUCUGUGCUACUGCUGGUCCUGUAUUAGGGCCUCCUUGGCAGCGUCCAGAAAAUGGGUAUAUGGUCAAAUGCGGACAAAGUCAUUUAUCUUUAUACUAUGAACCGCACUGCGUAUACAACCAUGCCUUUCUACAAAAAUACAAGGCAGAUAUAAUCAUCACACCAGUUAUAAAACAACUGCUUCCUUUCUUCACUUUGGUAUCUGGACAAGAAGAUGCAGUUCGGCUAGCAAAGUUGCUACAACCCAAGUACAUUGUUCCAAUGAAAAAUGGAGAUAUAGACAGCAAAGGAAUUCUCUCGAGUAUUCUUCAUAGUAGGGGUACAACAGAAUCAUUCAAGGAACUGUUGUCAAGAGAGCUGCCUGAUGCACAGGUUUUGGAGGCUAUGCCUGGUAUACCACUAGAAAUUUCCAUGUCUUCAACUGUCUCAUAGUGUAGCUUGUAAAGCUGAAGAGUGCAUCCUCCCCUGCAAAUGAGAAAAAGGAAAAAAUCACUCUCUUCCUCGUUGCAAACAUGGAAAGAAUGUAGCAAUAUCCUUGGUUUGUAGGGACAGACAUGGCAGCCUUGCAAAAUGAUAUAUAGUUAGGUGAGGCGUUUGGCGCACCGGAUCGUUCUCUUACAGGAGGCUUUUCCUGCAUCGCUUUUAAUGGAUAAUUUAAAACCUCCACUUCCCGAGGAUAUUUUACUCUUAUACAAGGAUAUGAUCAUAAGUUCAUAACAGAAGCUUUGUGAGAAGGUUGGAAGGACUUCUCUAUGUUCUUUUUUCCACUUCUUUUUAUUUGCUUUUGAUUCAUUGAACUUCCUAGAGGAGCUCACUGGCUGAAGUUACUCAUAAGAUAAGCUGCGCCAUGUGACUUCAUAA